AUGCCACAUAGUCCCAUGCGUCAACCCGUUGUAGACCACCCGAGUUUUACUGGGAGUCCCUUGAAGCCAAAAACCAACCGAUAUCGAGUUAUUGGAACUGGCCCAUCCGAAUCCAAGUCCCUGGGUGCACCACUGUGCGAGGAAUUCAAGUUGAACUCGACUGUCCAACCAGUGAAGAGACCAAACAGAUGCAUACAGAUCGAAGAGAUUGAUGAUGAUGACACAUUUAAGGAUCUUGCCAUGUGUCGGGUUGGGCAAUACCUUCCCAAACAACAUGACAAAGUUACCGAGCCAAGUCUUGGUGAUGGGAAAACACGAGAAGCACCCAGCAUUUAUGUCAUUCUUGAGAAACUUAAGAUUCUCAAUGAAAUCCUGCACCCGCCACGCAUGAUGGGUCCAGGGUACAGACAUUAUUCAAAGGGUGAGAUGGAUCCAUAUGUCCGGGCACAAAUUGGACUAAUCCAGACAUUAUUUAAAUUCUACAGUGACCCGAACUCCCGCUGUUUUGGUCUGUGGCAUAGUUCAGCCCAUCAAGCAGCAAUAUCUGUCAGACGGUGUCCCUAG